AAAUUUUAUGUGUAUAUUUUGCAUUUUAGGUCUUGCUUUAUUUUUAUGGUUGCUUCAUAUCUACAUGACUGGAGGUGUCUGCAAAAUAAAAAAAGAUCUAAAUGGUAAAAUAGUCUUCAUUACUGGUGCUAACACUGGUAUUGGAAAGGAAACAGCUCUUUAAUUAGGAAUGAUGGGAGCCACUGUUGUGAUUGCCUGUCGAGAUACAAAUAAAGGAUAAUUAGUUUUAGAUCAAUUGGUAUAAUUAUUUACAUUAUAAAUAGAAUAAAAUAACCAAGGCUUACAUGAUAAAAUUGGAUUUGUCAUGUCUCAAUUCUGUAAAGUAAUGUGUAGAAGAUUUUAAGAAAUUGAAUAUUUCAUAAAUAGAUAUUCUCAUUAAUAAUGCAGGUGUAAUGGCUCCACAAACAUAUAAAAUAACUAAACAAUCUUAUGAACUUUAAUUUGGUACUAAUCACUUAGGACAUUUUUUAUUAACUGAAUUAUUGGUACUUAAUUUAAUUUAUAGUAUAGAUUUCUUAUUUGAAAAGUGCUUAAUAAAGUAGAGUAGUUAAUGUGGCAUCUUUAGCACAUAAACAUUCUUAAUUAGAUUUUAAAGAUAUUAAUUGUGCUCAAUAUGCUAAUUCGAAACUAUGGCCAAUUAAAUACAAUAUAUAAGCCUAUGGUAAUAGUAAAUUAUGUAAUAUACUUCAUGCUAUGGAAAUUUCUAAAAGACAUGGAAUUAAGGGUUGGUAAAUAAUAAUAAUAAUAAUAAUUUUAGUUCUUUACAUCCUGGAGUUGUUAGAACAGAAUUAGUGAGAGAAAUUGUUGGAAAUCCAAUCUUAAAUUUAUUAUUCAAAUUAGUUACACCUAUUUAUUUUAUAUUCACUAAAAGUUGUUUAUAAGGAGCUUAAACUACUUUAUAAUGUGCUUUGGAAGAUUAUGAUAAAUUAAUUGAUGGAGGAUAUUAUUCAGAUUGCAAAUUAAAAUAACCAAAGUUUGCAAAUAAAUAAUUAGCAGAGAAAUUAUGGGAUUUUUCUGUUGAGAAAUUGAGAAUGUAUAUGUAGAAAUGAAAAUGUAUAAAUAUUAAAAAUAAUAUAAAUAUAUUAA